AUGAUUCUUGUUCUGUUUUUUACUCUGUUUUCACUUGUAUACAACUCCAGUAGCAAACUGAUCCCGGAGGGAUCUGCAGUUUUCGACGACAGCGGUUUCACCGUUUUAACCAACACCACGGAGCAUUCCUUCGGCAGAGUGUUCAACAACGAAACCCUAUUCAUCAAGAACGAGACUUUCAACUUCCACUUCCUCUUCGGAAUCGUCCCUGAGCUUGACCAGCAAGGCUCACAUGGCAUGGCUUUCGUUAUCUCUCCUACGAUGGGUGUUCCCGGAGCUUCCUCUGAUCAGUACCUCGGGUUAUUCAACCAGACAAACAACGGUAAAAGCUCGAAUCACGUGAUUGCUAUUGAGUUAGAUACACAUAAAGACGAAGAGUUUGGAGAUAUUGAUGAUAAUCACGUUGGGAUUAACAUUAAUGGUAUGAAAUCUGUUAUCUCUGCUUCUGCUGGUUACUAUGAUGAUGAAGAUGGAAGGUUUCACAACCUUUCUCUGAUCAGCAGAAAGGUCAUGCGCCUUUCAAUCGUUUAUAGCCAAUCUGAGAAGCAGCUAAAUGUUACGUUAUCUCCUGCUGAGUUCUCUGUUCCGCCGGAGAAACCGCUUUUGUCUCUAAACCAAGAUCUCUCGCCGUAUUUUCUGGAGGAGAUGUAUUUUGGCUUCACGGCAUCAACCGGAACCGUUGGAUCACUUCAUUAUAUGUUGGGAGUGUCUAUCACUCCAGAAGUCGAGCAUCCAUUGAUGGAUCUAACCGUAGUCCCCACGCUUCCUCCAUAUCCGAAGAAAUCUUAUGAUAAAAUAAAGAGGAUUUUAGCCGUCUGCUUAACGUUGGCAGUGAUCGCUGCACUUGUCGCCUCGUGGAUCGGUUCUGUCUUCUAUUGGAGGCAUAAGAAGGUUAAAGAGGUUCUUGAGGAAUGGGAGAUUCAGUACGGACCUCAUAGGUUUGCUUAUAAGGAGCUUUUCAAUGCCACAAAAGGUUUCAAGGAGAAACAGCUUCUUGGAAGAGGUGGUUUUGGUCAAGUCUACAGAGGAACGCUUCCGGGUGCUGAUGCAGAGAUCGCUGUGAAACGGACUUCUCACGAUUCAAGACAAGGAAUGAGCGAGUUUCUAGCUGAGAUAUCAACCAUUGGUCGUCUUAGACACCCGAAUCUGGUCAGGCUUUUGGGAUAUUGCAGGCAUAAAGAAGAUUUCUAUUUGGUUUAUGACUACAUGCCCAAUGGAAGCCUUGACAAGUAUAUAAACCGUAACAACACGAAUGAGAAUCAAGAAGGGCUUACUUGGGAGCAACGUUUCAAGAUCAUCAAGAACGUUGCAUCUGCUCUGCUAUACUUGCAUCAAGAGUGGGUACAAGUCAUCAUUCAUCGAGAUAUCAAACCGGCUAAUGUUUUGAUAGAUCACGAAAUGAAUGCGAGGCUAGGGGAUUUCGGAUUGGCGAAGCUGUAUGAUCAGGGGUUCGAUCCUCAGACAUCUAAAGUAGCAGGAACAUUCGGGUAUAUUGCACCAGAGUUGCUAAGAACAGGAAGAGCAACCACAAGCACUGAUGUCUACGCAUUUGGGUUGGUUAUGCUAGAGGUAGUUUGUGGUAGGAGGCUGAUUGAGCGACGUGAAGCCAAGAAUGAAGAAAUUCUCGUGGAUUGGAUCUUAGAGCUUUGGGAAAAGGAGAAAAUUUUCGAUGCGGCUGAGGAAAGUAUACGUCAAGAACAAAACAGGGGAGAAGUUGAGCUAGUUUUGAAGCUUGGUUUGUUGUGUUCGCAGCAAGCUGAAUCGAUUAGACCGGAUAUGAGUGCGGUAAUGCGGAUCUUGAAUGGCGUUUUGCAGCUUCCGGAUAAUCUUCUUGAAGUGGUAAGGGCUGAGAAGCUGAGAGGACAGCCUGAGAUAUCAAUGGAAGUACUACUACUUGAUAUGAAUUCAGUGAAUACAUUAACGUUUACAAAUUCUUUCCUCUCCCACGGACGCUGA